CAGAUCCGCUGACACGCCCAUAAGGGGUUGAAGCGCCGGGCUUUACCGACCGCACUCGAGACGCUGCAAGAUACCGGACAGAUUCCUGAGGUGCAUCUUAGUCCCGAAGCGCUCUUCGAGAUAGAAAGGAAGCUGAAAGGGACGAAUAACGGAAUUUGCUUCUAUUACGGACUGAGAAGGAUAUUGGAGGUGAGCCGUGAACACGAGCCAGUAUGCAGGGUCUGAGGCUGCUCGUCUUAAGCGUGCUGUUUUACUCAGCAUUCUCUGCAACAUUGAAAGCCCAAGAGAUGUCCCAGACUCUGUUUUUCGGGGAAGACUUCCACAUCAUCAUGCCGGCCGAUGGAGCCGAUGUGACAUUCCGGCCCUCAAUCGUCCCGGGUCGCGAGAAGUCACUGAUGAGUUCUGGAAAGGUGGUAGACGUCCGUGCCAAACUCAACUCUGCUUCCAGCCACCUGAUCCUGGAGAACGUUGGAGAAAGCGAUGAAGGAGUCUACACCGUCACAUCGAACCAAAAUCCAGACGACGUUACACGCAUCACGCUCUAUGUUAGAGAUUGCUCAAGUGAGAUAAUCGUUAGGUACGGCUUAGAUUUUCACGUCUCACUACAUGAUAUCUUAGAGCCGGUGCGCGUGGGAUUUCGCCACAGCGCUGUGGAAGCCAAUCAGACGUCACUGCCAGCCGACGAACUGCUGAACGCUGAUGGAACGCCCAAAGAGAAUUACCAAGACCGUGUGGAGAUCGCUUCCCAAAAGUUCACUUUGCAUGCCGUUACAGGGGCUGAUGAAGGCAGUUACACCUUUAGUGAUUCCAUUGGGAAAGUCCAGAAGAAGAUCUGCCUGAAUGUGAAAGCACAUCAGAUAUUUGCGACCCUUUCAUACGGCGGCACUCUGAAAAUAAACCUGCACAUGAAUAACACUUUGGCUCGCCUCCUGUACAUCCCUCAGUCUGAUAAACAUAAGUAUUUGAUCAUGGAGAACGGAGAGCUCAGCCUGCCUCCUAACGUGGAUCUGGAGGGUCGUCUCUCUUUGGAGGAUUCUUUGUGUCUUCUGACGGAUGUGAAGGCCAGCGAUGCCGGAGUUUUCAGUGUGACUGACCAUCAGGGAUUCCUGGUGUCUGAUGUCUACCUGGAGAUAGAACCGUACAGGCUUCCUAAACUCUACAUUGCCAUCAUUGCUCUGGUGGCAUUGUUGGUGCUGCUGCUCUUGGUGUGCUUAGUUUCAUGUUUGGUGAAGAUACGCAAACGUGCAGCAAAGGCCAGAGCCAUUGAGGAGAAAGCCCAGAAUGCAGGCAAAGUGGAGGGAGAUGCCUUCAGACAGGUUGUCAAAGAUGCCUGUACCCGUCAGAAUGAGGAAGCCCCAGCCCUGUCACAGAAAGAAGACAUCACUGAGAAAUCACAGAGCACAGAAGUCAGCAUUAAGGGUUUGGAGGUGUCUACUAAAGAACCAAGCCUUCAAGAGAGGAACAUGGAGACCAGUGACUCUGGAGUGGGAUUUAAUACCACUGGGCUCCCGCUUGACAGUGACACUGAUGCCCCAACGGCUGCCAUUGCAGAUUCUGAUGUACUGAGUUCCUCUGCUGCCCCUGAUGUCAAAGCCGUUCCCAACCAAGUUCCAGAGUCAAAGAAAGCCCCCUCCCCUCCAAAACCAGCACCAACCACUGAUCUGAAACCAACACCUGUGGCCAAGUCGACUGCCCCUCCACCUCCUUCUCCUGAACCCAAAUCAGCAGUAACGCCUGAACCUGAACCCAAGUCUGCGGUCACACCAACACCUGAACCCAAACCAGCUACUGCACUUGAACCCAAAAUGACCAUCUCUCCACCACCUGAAACUAAACCGACCUUGAGCCCAUCACCGGAACCCAAGCAGCCUGUGACACCUGACCCGAAACCAACGAUUCCAAGUCCAACCCCUAAAGCAGUAACACCAACUCCUGAUGCAAAACCAGCCGUUACUCCAGAUGCCAAACCAGCAGUAUCACCUACUCCUGAACCCACACCAGCUAAAAUUGGCACUCCUGAACAGAAACCCGCUGUGAGCCCAACACCUGAGCCCAAAACUCCGGAUCCUAAACUAAUUUCUCCUGGGCCUAAACCAACUACAAAUGGCACUCCCGAAUUCAAGGCUGACAUGGAGCCAGAACCAAGUGUACCCAUGUCUCCUGGGCUGGAUGUGAAGGGCACAACCCCUCCCAAAACCCCUGAUACUGGGAAAAGCUCAGUCAAAACUCCUGAGCUCAUCUCCAGUGGAGACUCGGCGGCCACCAAUGACAGUGCACCACCUUCAAGCACUGACGGAGCUGCCACCAACUGAGAUUAAAACCACAGCCUCGUUCCUGCCUCCUCCUAGUGUAUUAACCACCACAGACAAUCGAGACACUAGUCUUAACAACACAGAAGAGCUAAAUGACUUCCUAAGGGGGUGGGUUCCUCAGUCUUUUGAGUCUCACUUUUAAUACAAUUAACAUGCAUCAAUAGAAAGAUCCACUGUAAAUUCACUCAGUUUACUAAUAUGUAAUCACCCUGUAGGAGAGAGUUUGAGAGAAGGAACAUUUCUGACCUUACACCAUUGGCUAAUUUAAUAAUGAGGGAGGCUGUCUGGGAUAUUCCAAAAAAUAUACAAAGACAAAUCUCCCUUCACAGAAAUAAUACAUCACUGCAUGAAGAUAUUGAGAAAAUAAAUUAUAUUAUCGGUUCCAUAAUCCAAGUUGCUGUGGUAGAAUUUGGGGAAAGGCACACAGGAACAUGGGACAUUAAUCAUUUCCAGUCUUUAUGAGAUCAUCUCUGCUCCAUUUCGACCAGUCGGAGAAUCCAAAUAGCUGAACUGAUACUGAGAAAGCGACCAAUCUUCUGAUGUCAGAGGACUGGAAAAGUGGAAAAAUGAUCUGUUACUUUUGACCCACGCAAGUCAACAUGUCAUUUUGAAAAGGGAGAUGAACGAGCAAACUACAGAAAUGCAAAGUAGAAGGAAGAAAUACCAUUUGACAAAAAAAAAAAGAGAAAAAUCACAAUCUUUCAUAGACUAAUCUGUGACUCUGUGCCUGGAGGACAUUUUUGAGAAUCUUCUUCUAUCAAUCCAACCUAUGGAUGUUCUUGUCCAGAGAUGUGACAGUGCACAUUUCCUGUUCAGUCAGUAACAAAAAUAUUGCUGUUAAAAUCCUUCCAUGAAAUCAAAAAAAUUUGUUUAAAAAUUUCUGUAAUCUUAAAAAAAAUGCUUGAUGAGAAACACAUGUUGGAGACAGUAUAUGUAAACAGGUUUGCUUAAUUGAGUGAGCUGUGUCUGAUACAUCUAAAUAAUGGGGCUGUCUCCAUUAUUAAUGAGUUGUCUGGUGCAAUGCGAUUGGAAUGAAUUGAUUCUAGCACCAUUACAAAAGCAAUUAUGCAAAUUAGGUGAAAUAGAAAAUGUGACAAAAUAUUGAGUGCUCGGUUGUGGAGGAUACAGCAGACUCCUGCAAUAUGCUGUACUUUUUACUGGCACCUAAUGGAAUCUCUCCCCCGCUGCGAUACGAACACCUGAUUUGGCUUUCUAAAAUGUAAAAUGUACUCCAACAUAGACAAAUUACAGAAAAAAAACAGGUGCUUGGGUUGAAAAGAAUGGCAGUGAUUGCAGGUGGUUAGUGAAUAAGACACUUUUUUAUGCUGAAAUGUAGUGCGCAAAAGUGGCUCAAGCAGAGAAGUAACCCCAGAAUGUCUUGUUUAGUUGGGCUUGAGGAGCAAGUGGACAUGGUUUGUAAGAAGAUCUGGAUUGUUUGUGUUGCUACAAUGUUCCACAAAUAGUUUUGGAUUUAUAGUCGUAGUUGUAAGACAAUACAGUCUCACAUAUCAGUUUACAUAUAUUCCUGGUGCCUCCGGUAGAACCUGAACACCACUGCCUGUUAAUGUUGUAUGAGUCCAGGAACCUGCUCCUACCACACUAUCUGUGGGAGCAGAUGAUAAAACACAGUGAGUAACAGGGAUGGUAGCUGACUCGAUAUUCGUAUCAAUGUCUUGAAGUGUGGGCAGAUCUGACAGACUGGAGGUUUGUGGGUAGAUUUUCUAACUGAUCACUACCUCACAUUUAAGCCUGACUAAAGUACUCAACUACUAAUUAAACAACAUUGCAAUGUAUGUUAACGUUAAAUAAAAAAGUAGAUUUUUUGGCAAAGCACAAGGUUUGAAAUGCAAUCAAAGGUUUACAAAACUUCAAUCAGAUAUUUGGCAAUGCCUUUCCCACAAACCUCUGAAAAUGGCCUUGUUCCUUCUCAGCCUUUAACAGCUGUUUUAAUAUCAGUGCAAGGAAAUGUCAUUUGAAAGCCAUACGGUCUUAGUGUCACAUCUCAUAAUGUAAAUAUCACAAAACCUAGAUGUUAUAACCAUAGGAACACUUUAGCAUUAAAACUUAAAACGAUAUGUCCAUGACAAAACAAAAUUUGAUAUUUGAUUGUUUAUGAGCAAAGCUGAACCAUGUUUUUGAUGCUAAAGAUGCACUCAGUAAUUUUCGUUUAUUCGAUUUAGACACUGGUCUUGGACCCACACUGACACCUAGCGGUGUGGAGGUAAAAUCAUGCGAACACACUUGAGUUAGGUUACCAAUAACAUUGUAGAAAUGCUUUGUUUGCAGUCAGCUGUGAUCAGUUUAUAGUGAAUGAAAGUGUCUUAUAAUAAGAGGGUUCUUCGAGAUAAAGAGAUAAUCAAGUAUUCAUUUAGUCAUGUGAUUUGAACAUGGAGGCACCUAUGAGGUGACCCACUCCAUGUGAAAUUAAACAGCGGUUUGGGCUGAUAUUAAAACAUAUUUCAAAAGUGUUAUUCAUUUUAGCAUUAAAAAAUUACUGAGUCCACCUUUAAAGUCCCCAUUCCCACUCAGUUUGGAGAGAGAGAGAGAGUCGUAUUGGAGAACAUCUAAGCAAUAUAAAAAACUUGGAGGUACACAAUGAUACAUGUACACAUGCAUAAUAAUAAUAAGUGUGUAUUGUGAGGUUCUGUAGUUUGGUCUUCAAGUUCCACAUUCUUUAGUUUCUCACAAUGAUUCACAGGCAGGCAGACAAAGGAGGGGUUUUUAUACAAUACAAAACCUAUGAACUAUAGUGUAGCGUAACUGUCAUGCUCCCUUCAGCUAAUCCCAUUGUCUGUUAACCCUGAGCUUGAUAUCAAAUGCCCUUACUUUCAUUUCCAGCAAAUGAUGUCACACUUAAGUGCAUCCCGAUAAUGCACAUUACAAAGGUUUCCAGGCAAAAUCAAUUUUCCUCUGAUCACUCCCUGAAUCAUCACAGUGUCUUAUCAUGCUUAAGAUAUUUGCUACCCUUCAGGACACUGCCACUGAUAUUAGUCUUGUAUCAUGACAUGAUUACUGUCCGUUUUUGUAUUUUGUGUGUUGAUGCUUGUGUUGUAUGUAUGUGGGUGCAAUUUGGUAUUAAUGAAGAGAGAUUAUAGAUGUUAUUCAUCAUUGGCAACAUCAGGAGGCCUGUAUGUGUUUGUACAAGUGCAUGUGAGUAUGUUUGUGCGCGUCAGUGUGUUAGCAAGAAGCUCCAUUGGAUAGCUGUCAUUUCAAUGCAAUUAGCAAUGUCCUUUUUCUCCCCGGCUGGCUGGUAAUUGCUGUUCCUUUUUAAGUGGUAUUAAAUUCACAUUCAAUUUAAGGGAGUGCACAGUGUGAGAUUUCUAUCAGAAUGGACUUCAUGCUGUCUAGUGAUAUCCGACUGCUAUCUGUUCGAUACCGAGAUAGCCGUGUUGCAGGUCACUUUGAUUUAGUCGGCCCUCAAGGCUAUACCAAUGGAAUAGUAAUUCAGUUUAUAUAGCGCUUUUCCGCUCUUUACAAAUUCAGACACGAAAGUAUCGAUGCAUCGUCAUUGCAUUCUGUCAUUGCAUGCUAAAGAGUUACGCUCCCAUAGUGUCCAUCUGUGCUAGUGUGGUCAUGCAUAUGUAGGAGGUAGUGUGUAUACGUCUAAAAGUACGCUGAUUUUCAUGUAUCGCACGGCUCUGCAGGUCUCUGAUUGGAUAAUUCCAUUGUGUAAAACAUCCCUGCUAUGGAUGUCACUGAAAAUGUUGCAUUCUAUGUUUCACCUUAUAUCUUUCCAUUCCAUUGGUUAGACCUGAUUGGUCGAAAAACACAAGGGCAUUAAGGAGAUAGCUCAUCCAGAAAAGAUUUUUCACUCACACUCAUUUCGUAAUUUUGUCCUUACAGCUACAGUUUAGUGUAGAGAUUAGUGUUUUUUACAACCCCACUGACUUUAAUAAUAUGGACAAAAACAGUUUUCAGAGAAGAAGGUCAUGUUUGAACCAACUUGAGCGUGAGUAAACAAUUUUUACAUUUUUGGAUGAACUAUCCCUUACUCAAUACUCAGAAUUCAAUGGGUGUGGAAUUAUCUCUCAAAAAUGAGGAAAAUGAGCGGUGAGAAUGUAUAGAGUACGAGAAGCCCAAGUAUCCUGUGGUGUUGUGCGUAUUUUAAGUAAACUCAACGUGCAGUUGUGUCCCACAGGUGCAUGAGAGGUUUCUGCCUCUCUUUUCCUCUACUUAUUCCACCUGAGUGAUGCUCUACAGUUUAUCAGUCCCCGCUCUUCCUUUUUGCACAAACACAACACAUAAACAUUUUGUAAAGAAGUGAUACUUCCUUUAUUUCAUGCCUAGAAAUGAUAAUAAAUGAUUUUAAAAUGUU